AUGUUGUUGGGCAUUCCGGUAGCAGGUAAGGUCGUUAAUGGGGCUGUCCAACAAGCCAAUGCCCUUUGCGAACAAGCAUUGGGCAUUGAUUUGAUAGAAGGUGAUGAAGGUGCUAAAGGCCAUGGUAUCAACCUAAAGGCUCUUAAGGAAUAUUAUAAAGCAUUUUGUUUGAACGAAAAUUCGUCUGAAAAAAUGAAACUGAUGAAAACUAGGUGUUACUUGAUGUUGCUGUUUGGAAACGUGUUAUUUCCAGAAAGUACUGGAAACACGGCUAAUUUUAUGUAUUUACGUUUGCUUCUUGACGUUGAUAAAGUUGGUCAAUAUAGUUGGGGGUCUACUGUCCUGGCUAUGCUGUAUCAAUCCCUAUGUAAGAGCGCUAAGAAAGAUUCUUGCACGUUUUAUGGAUGCGCUCUCUUGUUUAUUUGGAGACCAUACUUGGAACUCGAUCAUGAACCUAACGCUAAAGAUGCCGCUAUUUGGACAGCAAAGACGACCAUCCUGAGGUACAACAUUGUCGAGAUGCAUCAUAUUGAUCGAGUCAAACUCCAGUUCGGGAUGCAUCAAGGUAUCCCUGAUCCUCCAACUGAUUUGGGAGAGUGGCACAUGAAACGAGUCAAUCAUCAAUGGAGUGUCCAAACCUGGAAGGAAUUCGCUCCGGAAUGGCGUCGGAUGUGGAAAAAUUGUAGCGACCAUGUCCUCAACUUGCCUGUUAGUGAUAUUGAAAUGAAACCAUCAAGACAAUAUAUGAGUUGGUACAAAACUGUUACCACCCCCGAUAUAUUUGUGGCAGACCCUUUCUACUUAAUAGACCACUGCCGACAAAACUACAUCAUCCCACAACAAGAACAACAACUACAAUACCAACAACAAACCCAAUACCAAGAACAAACCCAAUACCAAUACAGCGCCCAACAACACAACUACCAACAAUACAACCCAUUCUAG